GACAACAGAACACAGAAAAAGUGAAAGAGUGUGUCGGUGAGAUAUCGUGGUGGAAGUCCGAGGCGUUAGAGCUCGCACUUGCAGACGGAGAAUCAGAAGAACCAUGCAGCGUCUCUUUGCUCGAACAGUCCCCGGACUGAGUCGCUUGUCGUCACGUCCCUUCUCCGCCGCCGCCAUCCCAGCACCGAGUGGCAAACCGGAGGUCCAUUACAACAAGCUGUUUAUUAACAAUGAGUGGCACGAUGCAGCGAGUGGGAAGAUGUUCCCCACCAUCAACCCAGCUACAGGUGAAGUCAUCUGUCAAGUGGCAGAGGCUGAUGAGGCAGACGUAAACAAGGCAGUGAAGGCAGCACAAAAUGCCUUCAAGUUGGGGUCACCGUGGCGACGGAUGGACGCUUCUCAUCGUGGCCUUCUGCUCAACCGACUGGCCGACGCCAUCGAGAGGGACUCUGCAUAUCUUGCCGAGCUGGAGACACUUGAUAACGGGAAGCCUUACUCUGUUGCCUACAACGUGGAUGUGCCCACUGUUGUCAAAUGUCUCAGGUACUAUGCAGGCUGGGCUGACAAAUGGGAGGGAAAGACCAUUCCCAUUGACGGAGAUUAUUUCUGCUACACCAGACAUGAACCCAUCGGAGUCUGUGGACAGAUCAUUCCGUGGAACUUCCCUCUUCUGAUGCAGGCCUGGAAACUUGGCCCUGCACUUGCAACUGGUAACACUGUGGUGAUGAAGGUUGCAGAGCAGACACCACUCACAGCGCUCUAUGUGGCCAGCUUGAUUAAAGAGGUGGGUUUCCCUGAAGGUGUUGUGAAUAUCCUGUCUGGCAUGGGACCUUCAGCAGGUGCUGCUAUUGCGAGACACAUGGACAUUGACAAAGUGGCUUUCACUGGAUCCACAGAGGUGGGUCAUCUCAUCCAGCAGGCGUCAGGCAGCACGAACCUGAAGAAAGUCACUCUGGAACUGGGAGGAAAAAGCCCCAAUAUCAUCUUGUCUGACGCCAACAUGGAAGACGCAGUGGAGCAGUCGCACAAUGCUCUGUUUUUCAACCAAGGCCAGUGUUGCUGUGCCGGCUCUCGCACCUAUGUCCAGGCAGACAUCUACAAUGAGUUUGUGGAGCGCAGCGUUGAGCGUGCAAAGAGACGAGUGGUGGGAAAUCCCUUUGACUUAAAUACCGAGCAGGGACCCCAGGUAGAUCAGGAGCAAUUCAACAAGAUUCUGGGCUACAUCAGCAGCGGGAAGAGAGAGGGAGCCAAGCUCAUGUGUGGAGGUGGAGUGGCUGCCGACAGAGGCUACUUCAUCCAGCCUACUGUGUUUGGAGAUGUCCAGGACAACAUGACCAUUGCCAGAGAGGAGAUCUUUGGUCCAGUGAUGCAGAUCCUCAAGUUUAAAACAAUGGAGGAGGUGUUGACAAGAGCCAACGACUCUAAAUAUGGUCUGGCAGCCGGUGUGUUUACUAAGGACAUUGAUAAGGCCAACUACAUCUCCAGUGGUCUCCGUGCCGGCACAGUCUGGAUUAACUGUUAUGACGUGUUUGGGGCUCAGGCUCCAUUCGGAGGCUACAAGGCCUCAGGCAACGGCAGAGAGCUCGGAGAGUACGGCCUGGACAACUAUACAGAAGUCAAAACGGUGACCAUAAAGGUUCCACAGAAGAACUCUUAGACAUCUAUAGUGAGUCCACAGCUGAUGACCGUCACCAGGAGGCUGCCUUGGAAUUCGUUCUCAGUUGUGGUUGUUUUUUACUGCUGUGUCACACAUCCACAGUACAGUCAUCAUCAUCAUCUACCGCUUUAUCCUCCACCAGAUGGUCGCAGGGAGUGCUGUGCCAAGCUACAUCCACAGUACAUUCCAGUUAAAACAUGAACAUAUAGAAUUUGUUUGAGUACUCUUCAGUGCUCACUUCAAGUCAUGAUAUAAUAAUUAAAUCCAGUUGUCAAACCAAGAAUUUUUGAAUCUGAGAAUAUAUAUAUAUAUAUAUAUAAAUAAAAAUUGUUAAUACGUAUACAUAUACAUUAUGCAUAAUUAUUCUCACCAGCUUUUCUUCCUGAUCUGAUGCAAUAACAAUAGUGUCAGCAUUCACUUUGUAUUUGUAAUCUGCAGACUCUGAGAUUUUUCAGAAUAAAUACAUUUGAGGUACUCGUUUUUGUGUUUAUAUGUAUAUAAAAUCUUGAAUUAGUCCCAUAAUAAAAAAUUACCAUCA